CACCACUACAACACAGCAUACUCCACAGACUGGUGUUUUGGCGGUCUCUUCAGGAACCACGCUCCACGCUUUCGGCCAGCGCCUCUUGCGCUCGGUUCCCCCCUGAACAUCAUACUCUCCUCUCUCCACUCUCCACUCUGUCGUCCUCGGUCCUCUUCCGGCGUUCACGGUCCUCGUCAAGUCAGCCCAGCCCGGCGUGUUUCUCUCCAUUGAUCACGAUACCCCUCUGCUAUUGAUUUGACUGUUUUCGAUACUCUUCUUCUACUCUGUAUCUUUACCCACGACCAGCAGUGUCUUGCGACGCCGCCGGUCUUUAUUCGUUUCCGUUGGCGCUACUUGCCCUUGGACCCUCACCACGCGGCUGCCACUAGCCAGCACCCACGACCGCACACGGCCGUCAAUUACCCCGGAAUGCCUGUAAUCGACGGUGAAAAAUGGGCCUGCUCGUCCUGCAUCAAAGGUCACCGAGUGAGCGGUUGCACCCACAAUGAUCGAGAACUACACCACAUCAACCCCAAGGGUCGCCCAGUCAAGCAGUGCGAGCACUGUCGCGGCGCCCGCAAGUCAAAAUCGCACCAUGCCAAGUGCGACUGUGGUGAUAAGAAGGACAAGCACAAAGACAAGGACGCGAAGAGUGAGCCUACGUCCGGUGUGCUAAGUCGGGUCAACUCCAACGAAAGCUCAACUCAUGCUGGUGAAUGCCAGUGCCAUUCUGGCGGCAAGUGCCUCUGUGGCACUAUCAAGGAGGAGCCUCUUGCUAUGUCGAUUGACACCGGUCGUCAAACGCUCCAUGAGGCUCGCGCGAAACCGAAGCUUACGACUGCGCAAUCCGAGAGCCAGCUGACUGUCUUUGCGAAUGGCCACCACAAGCCCUGCCACCGCAGCAACAACACAGCCCACGUAUCCGGCGUGCCCUACAAAAUCCCACGCCCGCAUACACUGCAUGGCCAUUCCUCGUUCGCCGCUCUGGAUAGAUCCGACAACUACAACAGCAACCCAGAGACGCCUGCUCCGGCUGCGCGAUCCAUGGACACUCUGUCUCUCUCGAAUCCUGAUUUCUAUGCUUUCCUUGGAAACGGUCAACGCCAGAACGUACUCCCUAUCACUACCAUGGGUGGCAGUCUUGAUACCCUCAACUUCCAAGACUCCUUUUUCAACAGCCAAAGCGGCGCAUUUGGUGCUCAAGAUGGCAACUCCCCCGAGAGUAACGCAAGUGAUAAUUUCCCAACUCAGCAAUGGCCAUGGACAACCACCACUGGCACACCGGUCAACUACAACUUCGACUUUGGCAGCCUAUCAACAUCCCCUUCGCAAGAGUGCCUGCCCAACCUCGACAACCAAUGGUCUAUCCCUUCUGCUGGGUUUGAUCCGAUCUGGUCGGCUGGAGAUCUCCCCCUGGACCCCAACAAACUCAACGACAGCUUAGCCCAGCCCAUUUCGCACAGCGGCGAAUCGAAACAGAGCGGCCCUGGCCUGACCGUCGCCUCAUCUGUGCACUCGGAGAUUGGAGACCCGAAUCCUUUCGCAGAUCUCGACUUCAAGGCUCCCCAAUCAGCUGCCAGCGAGUCCCUGUUCUGGGAAGAUCAGCCUGUGUACCGCUUCAGCACCGCCAUGCCAACUGAGAGUCUCGUCGCCCCCAUGUCCAUCCCUGUCACGACCAUGUCAACAAGUCAAGCUUUCGAACCCGACUACCCCAAGAGCCAGUCUAUUGCGCCAACAGCCAUGCCAAUGACAAGUACGAGCGACUAUUCCGAUGCUGCUGCGAUUGCCAUCCCUGGCAACUUCGAUGACAUUGUUCCCAACGACCCAUGGCCCAUGGAGCAAAACCUUAUGGCAUUUAACAGCAUAAACGCCUUUGAUGCUACCUACUCUCAGAACUGGCUGUAGUAGGUCGGGCCAAGUCUUAGACGCCUGCGAGUGUACUGGAGCUUGUCAAAGCAACAGUCCCUUUGAUGACGCCACGAUUGAUGACGGUGCUGGUGCGAGUGAUACCUCUCGAGUCGAUCUUUGUUUCCUUAUUCCGAGCCUUCCGGCUCCCUUUACCCUGUCGCCUGUGUAUAUUCUAUAGACCCUGGCUCGAACUGUCUUUCCAUAUUCCAUACUUGACACAAGUAUGUUUCCAUUUACAUCGCCCGUAUCUUGGAUCAAGCAUUACCCGUAUAUACAUGAGGAUCUUGGGUGGUAUUUUUAAGAACUGACUGCAUUGGUUGCGCGAAAACUAUAGACCAUGGUUUCGGCGUUGUAGCAUGUGAGGCUACUCAUCAAAGAAAUGACAAAAGAAUACAAACAA